AUGCGUGUUGAUGGUGCCCCUGUUACUAUUAAAGACUUCGAAGAACUCACAACAAUACUUCCUUCCUCUUAUAAACUUGACCUAGCUGACAACAAAAUUAUAAUAAUGCCCGUUGGCGCUCGAACUGAUCCAGAUGUUUCCGUUGUUCUUGCAACAAGAUGGAAUGCAUUAUUGGUUAAUGAUCAAAACGAAGCGUUUUCCUCAGUUACCCCAAAUUUUGUUGCAGAAAUACGUUCAGAUAAUAAUUCUGAGGAUUAUUGUCACCAAAAAAUGAUAGAUUAUAUGAAUGCAGAUGUUGAAGAAGGUAUUUUGAUUGAUCCCCUUAAUCAAACUGUAACAGUAUAUCGAGUUCAAGAAGAUAAUAUAGUUAUGAUCGUGUGA